AUGUCUUAUCCUCCACCACACGGCUAUACUGAGCUGACACGGCAUCACGAGCCGUACACCUUUAUCCAGACACCAAGUCUUCCAUCACAGGGCCAUAGGACUAUACGUCUGACAUACAGUCCAGCUGCCUCACAGCCAUCUGCAUCGCAGCCAUCUACAUCACAUCCACGUGGAUCACAUCCCUACAUAUCACAACCACAUGGAUCACAUCCAUCAAUUUCACAGCCACUCAGGUCACAGCCAUUAGUAUCACAGCCACUUGGGUCGCAUCCAGCUAUGUCGCUGUCACAGGGAUCACAACCAUCUUUAUCAUCGACUCCAUCUAUUUCAGGUCUUUGCCUGCGAGGCAGUAGCUCUGAUCCGCCUACACAGUCUACACAUGCCUCUAAUACACAUGCUUCGGAUGAUGAUGACGAGGUUCAGGCCAGGUAA